AUGCCGCCCAUCACCCGGAAAGGAUCAGCAACCCUGAAGCAGCUGAAGAUUCAAUUGGACGAUUUGAAAUCUUCGUUCGAUGACAUUUCGUCUUUCAUUCAGAAGUUCUCUGAUGAAACAACCGCCACUCAGGUAGAAGUUCGGUUAUCAAAAAUUGAAGAAUUGUGGGAGAGAUUUAGCGAGAACUUGGUUGAGCUAAAAUCUCAGGAUGAUUUUGAGGAUGAAGAGGGUUAUUAUGCAAAGCUUCGCAAACAGUUGAGCGAUCGGUACUAUGAAUCCAAAACUUUCCUAUUGGACAAGAGUAAGCUGCUUCGGGAACCGUCUGAACUGGAAAAGUCUACCCAUGAGCCGAAAAUGCAAGGUGUGGUUGAUCAUGUCCGAUUACCACAAAUCAAUCUCCAGACGUUCAGCGGGGACAUCGACGAUUGGUUGAGUUUUCGGGAUCUAUUCACCUCGUUGAUUCAUUGGAGAACCGACUUGCCCGAGGUGGAGAAGCUGCAUUACCUUAAAGGGUGUCUUCAAGGGGAGCCGAAAAGCCUGAUCGACUCGUUGAAGAUCACCAAGGCGAAUUACCAGAUCGCUUGGGACACGCUAUUGAAGCGAUAUAACAACAACAAGUUGCUGAAGAAGAAGCAAGUCCAAUCAUUAUUGAAGCUUCCGACCCUAAGUAAGGAAUCCGUAUCCGAACUGCGCAACUUUGUUGAAAGCUUCGAACGUAACAUUCAAACCCUCGAUCAGAUCAUCGAACCAGCGGACUACAAGAACCUGUUGCUGGUAAAUCUCAUCACCAUGCGGUUGGAUCCAUACACCCGUCGUGCCUGGGAAGAAUGUUCGGCCUCCAAGGAACAAGAUUCGCUGGAGGAGCUCACGGAAUUCCUUCGUAAGCGGAUCCAAGUACUGGAAUCACUCCCUCCAAGGCAAGCAGACUCCAAGGGCGUCCACAACCAACAAACGGCUCCAAAACCCAAAUUUCCAGCGCUGAAGGCCAGUUACAAUUCCGUUCAAUCGAGCGGGGGAAGAUGUGUGGCUUGUGAGGACAACCACCUUCUAUAUCAAUGCUCCGCAUUCCAACGACUAUCCGUGGCGGACAGGGACUCACUAUUGAAAUCCAACGGACUCUGCCGAAAUAGCUUCCGAUCCGGUCAUCAGGCAAAGGAUUGCCAAUCCAAGUUCUCCUGUCGGAAGUGUAAUCGUCGGCACCAUACCCUAGUGUGCUUCCAACCGGAGAAGGGCGCUACCAUGGCCGCAGCAGCUGCUGGGAGGAAUAAUCUCUCAAACUCUCAAGGUUCCAAGAGCUCCAAUUCGAAUCAACCGGCUAGCGGGGCGACCACGAACACCACGACAUGCAAUGUGGCUCAGAAGAUUUCAUCGCCAGUCCUACUAGCGACUGCGGUGGUCAUCGUCGAGGACGACUUUGGUACAAGGUUCAACGCUAGAGCUCUUCUGGACUCUGGCGCUGAAAGUAACUUCGUUUCGGAGCGACUGAGCCAACGAAUGAAAUUAUCCAGAGAAAGGGUCGACAUUUCAGUUCUUGGUAUAGGGCAGACAACCAGCAAAGCCAAGUACCAGGUUCAAAUGAUGGUUUGCUCGCGAGUUUCGGAAUAUUCGCGGGAUAUGAGCUUCCUAGUAUUACCCAAGGUUACCGUGAAUUUGCCCACAACCCCAAUCAACAUGGAAGGAUGGAAGUUACCGGAUGGAAUCCAAUUGGCGGAUCCAGCUUUCUUCCAAUCCAAGGGAGUCGACAUCAUCCUAGGCAUCGAGAAUUUCUUCGAGUUCUUCGAAACUGGGCGAAGACUUUCUAUCGAGAACCAUCUCCCAAACCUCGCGGAAUCGGUAUUCGGAUGGGUAGCCAAUGGUGGCUGCUCAACACCAAGCAGAUCCACUCAAAUCAGCUGCCAUUUCUCAGCCACUAUGGAACUGGAGAAGCUGAUGGAACGGUUCUGGUUAUGCGAAGAAGUAGAAUUCUCCAAUUCCUUUUCUCCAGAAGAAAAACUCUGUGAGGAGCUGUUCCAACGUGGGGUCCAAAGAGGUUCGGACGGUCGGUACACUGUUCCCUUACCAAAAAAUGAAGAGGUUCUUCCAACUCUUGGCGAGUCACGGGACAUCGCAUUCCGACGUCUUCUUGGAACAGAACGACGGUUGGCAAGGGAUUCCAAUUUACGGGAACAGUACGUCGCGUUCAUGGAUGAAUACCUGAAAUUGGGGCACAUGCGAAGGGUCGAAGACGUCGCAACGGAGUCAACCAAACGGUGUUAUCUACCUCAUCAUCCGGUGGUCAAGGAGGCGAGUACCACCACCAAGGUCAGGGUUGUCUUCGACGCCUCAUGCAAGACAUCAUCCGGAGUGUCCUUGAACGAUGUGCUUCUGGUGGGACCAGUUGUGCAGGAGGAUAUGAGAGCAAUCAUUCUACGGAGCCGGACAAAGCAGAUUCUCCUCGUAUCGGAUGUUGAGAAAAUGUUUCGGCAGAUCCUUACUUCGUCAGUGGAUCGACCACUACAGUCGAUACUCUUCCGGUUUUCACCCGACGAGGACGUUACGGUAUACGAGCUAGAAACCGUCACGUAUGGAACCAAACCCGCUCCCUUUCUAGCAACUCGUACUCUUCAGCAGCUGGCAGCUGACGAAGAAACCCGUUUCCCGCUCGCAGCAAAGGCAAUUCGUGAGGACGUCUACAUGGACGACGUAAUCACUGGCACGGAUGAGCUAGAAACAGCUAUCUCCCUCAGAUCCCAACUAACGGAGAUUAUGGAAAGCGGUGGUUUCAAGCUCAGGAAAUGGUCCUGCAAUAUUCCCGCAGUUUUGGAAGGCGUACCCACGGAGAAUCUGGCUAUUCCCAAUAGUACCGGAAUCAACCUAGAUCCGAACCAAUCGGUCAAAACGUUGGGCCUGACAUGGAUGCCCAACACCGAUACCCUACGAUUCCAGUUCGAAGUCCCGCAGUUAGAUCCUCAUAUCCCACUAACGAAGCGCCGUAUCCUAUCACUCAUCGCUACGUUAUUUGAUCCUCUUGGCCUGAUCGGAGCUACGACAGCAUCUGCCAAAAUCUUGAUGCAGCACCUGUGGACGCUAGAGGACAGAAACGGUAACCGGUUGGAUUGGGAUCAACCAGUACCUCCAACGGUGGGUGAGAACUGGCGGAAAUUCCACGAAAAACUUCCACUUCUGAACCAAAUUCGUGUCGAUCGUUGUGUUAUCAUACCCUAUGCCACGACCGUGGAGAUGCACUGCUUCUCGGAUGCUUCUGAAAGGGCGUAUGGUGGUUGCAUCUACCUACGAAGUCAGGAUUCCAGCGGAGCAAUCAAGGUUCGACUCUUAUCAUCCCGAUCCAAGGUGGCUCCACUCCGUUGUCAGUCUAUCCCUCGAUUAGAGCUCUGUGGUGUGCUCUUAUUGUCCCAGCUAUACGAGAAGGUCAAAAACUCUAUUCGGUUGGCGGCUCAGACGUACUUCUGGACGGAUUCCACAUGUGUGCUGCGUUGGAUCGAAUCUACACCAGCAACUUGGACCACGUUCGUUGCCAACAGGGUGGCAAAAAUUCAAACGCUAACGGAAGGAUGGCAAUGGAGACACGUACCCGGUACAGACAACCCAGCGGACCUAAUAUCACGUGGAGUGUCACCUGAAGACAUCGUCCACAACGAACUCUGGUGGGAAGGUCCGUAUUGGUUGAAGCAAGCUCCAGAAUCAUGGCCUGGUGCUGUUGAAGAAAACCUAGAAGCAGGAGAGGAAGAAAGGCGCCGCGCCGUAGUUGCGUGUACCGGAUCAUCCGUAGCGGAAUUCAAUGAAAUGUACCUCAGCAAAUUUGGAUCGUACGCUGACCUGAUUCGACGAACAGCUUAUUGGCUACGGCUGAUGAAUCUUCUACAAAUCCCAGCAGCAAAUCGUUCUCCAAACGGAUUCCUAACCACAGCGGAGCUGAAGGCUGCUGAAAAUGCUAUUCUGCGGAACGUCCAACGAGAAGUCUUCGCAGAAGAAUGGAGGGUUUUAUCGAAAGGAGAGUACGUAUCGAGGAAGUCACCGUUGAGGUGGUUUCAUCCGUUCAUCUGCAAGGAUGGAAUCAUCAGAGUAGGAGGUCGUCUGAAGAAUUCCGAUGAACUGGAAGGCGUGGACUACUUUGGCCCCGUCUAUAUACGACCAGCUCCGAGACGCGCGGCCGUGAAGGCCUACGUGGCAGUGUUUAUCUGUCUCGGUACAAAGGCAGUACACUUGGAACUCGUUUCUGACCUUUCAACAGAGCGAUUCAUGCAAGCGUUGCGACGAUUUGUGUCGCGGCGAGGAAAAUGCUCAGAUAUCUAUUCAGAUAAUGGCACAAAUUUCGUCGGCGCUAGGAACCAAUUGACCGAACUCUUCCGUUUGCUGAAGGAUCGAGAACACAACGAACGAAUCGCUACCGAGCUCGCCACGGACAGUAUUCAAUGGCACUUCAAUCCCCCGAGUGCUCCACACUUCGGAGGCCUCUGGGAGGCAGCUGUCCGGUCGGCCAAGAAACACUUGCUGAAUGUUAUCGGAGAAGCGGUAUUUUCAUUGGAAGAUUAUACCACGCUGCUAACGCAGGUUGAGGCCUGCCUGAAUUCCCGUCCGUUAACCCCAAUGUCGGAUGACCCAGAUGACUUGGAGCCGUUGACACCGGCGCACUUCCUUGUGGGCUCGUCGCUUCAAGCUCUUCCUGAUGUCGAACAUCUCACCGUCCCGGUGAACCGCCUGAAUCAGUUCCAAGUGAUCCAGCAGAAACUGCAGCAUUUCUGGGUCCGUUGGCGACGGGAAUAUUUGAGCCAACUGCAGGCCAGAACCAAAAGAUGGAAGCCUGCAAUUCCCAUAGAACCAGGAAAACUAGUUAUCAUCAAGGAUGAAAACCUCCCUCCGAUCCGUUGGAAGAUGGGAAGAAUCAUUGCUCUACACCCUGGCGAUGACAACAUUACCAGAGUCGUGACCGUUAAGACUGCCACCGGUGAGCUGAGGCGUCCGGUGGAAAGGAUUUGUAUUCUUCCUAUUCCAACCGAUGAAGAAGAACACGUCACCCAGAAUAUCGCGCUGUAA